AGACAGGAGCAUUGUUUUUUUUGUGAUGAAUCCCACCCUGCGACAAGCUACAGCUAACAACAAGUACAACUAAACUGCCUCAUUAAAAAAUUGCACCGACUACCAUUACUUUUACUAGUACGUACUACUACUAGUGAGCUAAUAAUUUAUCUUCUACUUCUUCCACCCGCUAUAAUCCCUCAAACUCGGGAGGCAUUUUUCGGACAUUUUUCUUGUAAAGAUACGCUAUAAGUAAAAUUGUUUUAUGCUGAUAAAGCUGCGUUAUCUAUGAAGAUUUGUUUUUUACAACGUCAUUGCUUGUUAGUUUCACGACAAUGACAGUAGUACAGUAUAUUUUUGCUCCCACUACACAUCAACGUCAACUGUCUCUCACCUUGGCUCCGGGAUAGGAGUCCGCAUCCGAAAACGAGGACCAGCCGCAGGUCUCACUGUCUUACCGUGGGCAAGAACGGGAGCUGCACCGACCAGCUGCUGCUUUUAUUUCUUCCCGGCAAUUUUAUUUUGCUUAGUGCAGAAUGUUUUUGAUUUUGCCGGAGUACUAGCACCGUUGGUCUUGGUUGCGGUGCCCACGGUUGCGGUAGCUGCAAGUUUCCCGUUUCGGAUGUGAUCUCUACUUGGGGAACACUUGUCGCAGCGCAGGACUUUCAGGCCGGUGUGUACUUCUUACUACGGGGGUCAUAGUGCUGCGUAGCAAAGGACCACGAGUUGUACUACCACAUGGGAUCAUUCAAACCAGUCGAUUCCCACAACUUGCGCGUUCCGUCAUGAUAAACGGGAGAACUACAUACUUCGGAGACCUCUAGUCUACUUCGGACAACAGGACAACUACUUACCAGUGGAGGUGGAACAGCAAGAACAUCAACAAAAAAUCAAGAGAGCAGCGACGAGUCUUGUACUUCACCGGCUCCGGCACAGAAAAAUCUUCAGAACAGAAAGUAAGAUUUUUCAUCCGCCAGCAAGAACAAAGAACAUCAUGACGAACCGUCCGGAUGAGGGUCGCACGGUGGGGCUGUUCAUCAUUGGCAUUCUCUGCCACAUGGGCGGCAACAUCGGCACCGCCUUGGGCCUUUGUCUGCAGAAGCGCGGGCACCUAGACUGCCAAGAGCAGGCAGAGAAGCUCUAUCGCAAGUAGAAGAAACUGUUUCACUGUGAAGUAGAAGUUGUGAAGAUGCAGAAGAAAGAUGAAGUGUUUGCCUUGCUUCACCUCCUCCUGCAUAUAAGACAUGGGAUGUUUCUUUAAGCGUGUUUUGUCCUGCCCUUGGGAAGAGCAGCGCACGGCAGAUUUAUUUCAGUGUCAUGUGUACUUGUUUUUUCUUAUCUUUUACUAUAGCAAACUAGUGAUUGUGAUGCAGAUCUUGUCAAAUGAUCAUAUCAGUUGUGAAACAGUUUUUUCGUGGGAUAAGCUCCGCGGAGACGGCAAUGCGGACGACCUCGCGCAGCCAUACUACAAGUCCAAGCGCUGGCUGACCGGUUUGAUUGUGUACCUGUCCUCCCAAAUUCUCACCGCCCUGGCCUUCAUGUUCGCCGCGCAAUCGGCGUUGGCGCCGCUGUUGCCCUCGACCCUGGUGGCGAACAGCUUCUUCGCUCGCAGUCUGUUAAACGAGAAGGUACUUGUUAUUUUUUCAGCGGUUUCAUCUCGUGCCUGUCUCGACGUUUCGUAAAUGCCGUGGAGCGUUUCGCAUCAUGUCUAUCAAUUAUAUCUGCUUGAUGUGUUUUUGUUUUAUUCCCAUGACAAAAAACAAUCCAUGCACAGAUAACAAAGUACGACAUUCGGGGCAUGGUUUUGAUUGCCAUCGGCGCGGGCCUGGUAGUUUCCGGCGCGCCGGUAUCAAAUGCGAAUACGUCUUAGGAUCUGGAGGAAAGGAACACAGACAUUUGUCGUCCUGUUUUUCCAUCUGCAAGAAGGUAGUAUGCGCCGCACAGACAGCAUGAUAAUUGCUCCUGCAGACGCCUCUUGAUGCCUACAGUCUGCAAGAGAAAUCCCCUUCCCUACAGAGAAAUCAACGCGCGCAUCUUUUUCUGGCUAUGCAGCACAGAGAAGUUGUAAAAAUUAAGAUUGCCUUUUCCAUUUGCCGCAUCACAAGUUCGCAUCCUUCCUGACCGAGGCACCAUAUUUUUUGCAAUCCAUACCCAGUGGUGGACCCUCCUUCUGGGGACGAGCACGAGCACCUGGACGCUGUUUUCAUCGACUACUUUAUCGAGCCGGUUUUUCUCGUGUGCGGCAGUCUGAUCGGCCUCUUCUCGUUCUCCACGCUCGCCCUGGUGAGUCGGCGGAAGCAGGAGCUGCGCGAGACGCCUGAGAUUGUUAUCAAAUGUAAAAAUGUCUGGGUCUGGAAGAUUCUGACACUAGUCAUGCACGUUUUGCAUGAGCCAUGAUGUCGGUGAUGCAUACCCUAGCAAUACAGAUUUCUUGAGGGCUUCUUGAUGCCUACUCCGCAUGACAAAUGCCUUCUCAGCGUAGCAAAAAUUGCAUUCCCUUUGGUACUCAUGCAAUACCGAUUUUUUUGGAAUCCAAAUGCAGCAUUACAAGUUGCAUUCUUCCAGACCCAGACAUUUUUACAUUUGAUAAUUGUUUCCGACAAACAGCUACACGUGGAGUCCGUGGUGCUGGGGCACACGAUAUGAAAUGCAAAAAUGUCUGGGUCUGGAAACUUGUAAUGCCAAAAGUGAAUGAUAGACGCGCCGCAAUACGCAGCUAUGCAUGACAAAUUUUGUGGCUGCCAUGUCUUACGUAUUCCGCAUGGCAAACUGCCUUUUCGCAUGACAGUUACGAGGGCUCUUUCGUGCCUACGCAACACAGAUUCUCGAGUCAUGCCAGACAAGCAUGACAAACUUGCAUUCUUCCAGACCCAGACAUUUUUGCAUUUGAUACGCGAUGCUGUCCGGGGUGUUCUCCGGGUUGACCGUCACGUUUUUUCGCUGCACAAGCUUGCUGCUGACCGACGUGAUCUCCAACAACCGACCACGGAUUUUGGCCAACUACCCCUUCUACCUCUUUGCGGCGCUCGCCGUUCUGACCGGCGUGCUCAUGAUGCGGGAAAUCAAUCGCGCGCUCAAGUAUAUAUAAGUAGUUUUUGAAGGUAGAAGUUCUAGCUUCAUCUUCUCCUGAAAGUUAAAAAAUCGACGCAGGAACAAGCAACCGGAGGGAAGUAUGAUGCAGCUACAAUUACUUCUCCCAAGUUUAAGAAAUACGUCCUUUCGGUAGGAAGUUGCACUAUCGGACCUGUCACAUGACCUCCGUAGAAAGGAGCUCACAGAUGAAUAAAGUUAUACCCUAAAAAAAUCCUGAUGCAGGUAUGGCGACGCCACCAUCACCGUGGCUAUGAACAUCGCCUUUUCCCUGCUCUUCCAGGUCGCGCUGGGGCAAUUCUACUGGCAGGAAUGGAAGCGAUUCGAGGAGGCGUGGUGGCUGGUCUUGUUUCUCUCGGGCAUCAUUUUCUCGCUCGCGGCCGCCCUGUAUCCGACCUUCGCGUAUCAAAUGCAAAUAUCGAAGAUACCCCUGGAUGUCUGUGAAUUAUACUUGUGAUACGAGCUGGACAAAAAUCAUGAGGACGUCGUCCCAAUGGGCGGCCAUUGCCACGCACGACACGAUUUUGAGCUGCUACGUGUUGCCUCUUCUGCAUGGCAAGCUGCAUUUCUGCAUGACAAGAAACUGGGAUAAUUUGCUUGGGUACUACUAGCGUGCACGACAGUGACUUGAGAGUGAUACUGGCCGAGCAUGACAGAAGACUUUCCAUUCUUCCAGACUACUCCCAGGGAAGAAGAUAUUUGCAAUGCAUAUCGUGCGGCAGCGAAAGCGGCGGCGCGGAUCGGUGUCAAAAAACACCGACGAGCGGGAAAGUGCUGGCGACGCGCGUUCGCCUCAUCUUUCAGGUCGCACUUGGUUAUGUGCGUUUCAUCUAGACGGGAAGAUGUUUCUUGCGAUAGUAGUGUUUUCACACUUCUUGUUGCUCUGUGUUUGAUCAACUUGUCGACGAAAAGGCAUGGCCAAUAAUAUGUACUCGAGGACGAGUACUUCUACUUCUUUAUAAAACAGCUGCGAGUAGGUCAACAGUACCUACCGGACAGUAGCAGUAUUGUCCUUAAAUAAUCCUUUUAGAAGGUUUUGAAUUUAUAUAUUGUAUAGAUACAUAGUUCCAGUAGCUUCCCUCACCUCUCCCUCAUUCAAAGCAUGUGCCGCUAGUGCACAAGACAACGCCAUUUCUCGGUGACAGUUGGGUAAAAAUACGGAAAGUCUAGGGCAUCGAUCCGAAAAGACUCGUCUACUUUCGCCUUCUCGUUGGUUCUUCAUCGUUCUUUUCUGGUUGCAUUAUAUCGUGGGGUGUAUUACUUUUACUAUUAAGUCUAAGUGUGUGUUGUAGUUGCAACUUAACCUCCUCGUAAGUACGACUUGACGUGAUUGGAAUUGAUGUGCCGUAUCGAAAUUGCAAAACCUACUUACUUCACUAAAAACAGGUACCCACGGCGCCCUUCCCGGCUACUGCGGCAUGGUCGAUCGGCAGAAAGUGCUCGGGUUCGAACUCGAAGCCUGGCCGCAGUUCCGCAUCGGGGGUUCGCUGUGGCCGAGCGGCGCGCUCCUGGGGCAGUGGCUGAAGGAGAAGCAGCAUCUUUUCCCCGAGGGCGCGGACUACCUCGAGCUCGGCGCCGGGUAUCGCAAGAAAAAAGUGUGACAGUUGCACAUUGUGUUGCAGGCCAAGCAAGACAGACAAGCUCUGUCAUGCCGGAUAUGCAUAGGAGCCUCGUUUCAUGGGUGUUUUCCCGUAGGAUUUCUGCAUUACAGGUUUUCUCUCUCAUGCAGAGAAAUUUGCGUUGCUGAAUUGACUACAAAUGUGUAACUGUAACACUUUUUUCGUGCGAUACCGGGGUCGGACUGCCCAGUCUGGUGGUGGCGAAGCACCUGCGCCCGGGGAUCGUAACCGUGACGGACUACGCGGACUUGGUGCCCUUGAUCCAGCGAAAUUUGGAGCUAAACUUCUGCGACGAAGAAACAGCGGCAUUUGCAACAGCGCAGCAGGAGCAAGCGAAAGUUCUUCACUCUGCUUCGUCCGGAGCCAGCACGUCGUUGAACAAAAAAAUCAGCUUGGGAGCAACAAUAUCAAAUGUAAAAAUGUCUGGGUCUGGAAAUUUCUGAGACUUGUCAUGCGCGUUUUGCAUGGGCCAUGAUGUCUGUGAUGCACGUCCUAGCAUCACAGACUUUUUGAGGGCUCUGCGAUGCCUAUUCCCCAUGACAACUGCCCUCUCCGCGUAGCCAAAAUUGCAUUCCCUUUGCUGCUUAUGCAAUACAGAUUUUUUUGGAAUCCAAAUGCAGCAUCACAAGUUUGCAUUCUUCCAGACCCAGACAUUUUUGCAAUCCAUAAACAAGUGGGGCGGAACACCAGCAGGUAGAUCAUACGACAACCACGCUCGCAACUAGUACGAGAACCCAAAGCUUGAAAAUCACAGAUCAGGCAGGAGAAGGUGAAGAGGAAAAGCCCGUUCCGCUUGAAGAGGCCGACGGCGCUCCUCGGGGUGGCGGCGCAAGAGUAGAGGGAAUAACAUUAAAGACGCCAACGGGAGCGGACGAACAAGAACACUUUCCAAACGACGAUGUUCCGAAUGCCGCGGUGUCCAGCAGCGCGUGCUCAGAUGCUCCCUUCAUCGAGGCAAAAGCGCUGGACUGGGGCAGUACGACGGAAAAGGCGUAUUAUCCUAUGUAAAAACGUCCCCACACCAGAGUCAAGCUGGGGAUCUCGCAACACAAAUCGAGAAGUUUUGGGGGUCCAGCAUGACAAGUUCGUCUCUGUAUUGUAGUGCAGUUUAGCAAGCACAGCCGCAACACAAAUCCAUCUACUCAUCCUGUCGACAGCAUUACAAAGCGCAAAACGCGAUUGGAAAUGUUUCUCAUGUGGAUGCGCAUUACAAAUCUUCCUGUAGCUGCAAAUCUGCAUGAGAACUCUGGGGUGGGUACAUUUUUGCUCAGGAUACGUAUCCGUCGGGUUUUACGAGCGGCUACGACUUUCUCCUCGGCGCGGACAUUAUCUACGUGGAGGAGCAUAUGCAAGAAAAAAACUGUGUAAGUGUAGCUUUGUCUUGCAGGUGUUGCAAGACAGUUACACUUGUCAUGCUGGAUAUGCAUUAGAGGCUAUUUUCGUACGUGUUUUCACGUACUAGCUACGCAUGACAGGUUUUCUCUGUCCUACAGAGCAAAUCUGUGAAUCUGCUCCUCCAAAAAAGUUACACUUACACACUUUUUUUCUUUGAUAGAGCAGGACCCCCUGAUUUCCGUGCUGGAAGCUUUUUUUCUCAACAGCCCACCCAAACCAGAAAACAGCACGACAGGAGCCGGAGGAGCUCCGUCGUCUGCAGCAGCUACAGAAGUAGACCCACAGCGGCCUUUUUCAUCCGAAGCUGCGCUGCUGAAGAUGAAGGCCGGGCCGCAGGCGGUGGCCCAGAAACUGUUCGCGACGCAGAAGAUACCCAAUCCCUUUUCCAAGGCGCUUUUGAUGUCCUCGAGUAGUAGUUCGGCGGCUGCGAUGUUAUCAAAUGCAAAAAUGUUUGGGUCUGGAAGAUUGCGAGAUUUGUCAUGCUUGUCUGGCAUGACCAAAAAGCUUGUGAUGCGUGUCCAAGAAGAGACCCUUUUGCCUGUCAUGCAAAAACGCAGUUUGUCAUGCGAAAAACGCAACACGAAGGAGCGCAGAUAAUUCUCAUGCUUGCCUGUGCAUUACAGAGCAUUCACUAUUCCCAACGCAGCAUUACAAGUUUCCAGACCCAGACACUUUUGCAGUUGAUAGAUGUUGACCAACAACAGCAACUACGAGCAGCUGCAGUCCGAGGGCGGGAUAUGGAUUGCAAAUAUGUCUGGGUCUUGAAGAAUACAAACUUGUGGUGCGCAUUUCAGAACACAGAAUAAUCUCUCAUGCAUAGGUAGCAAAAGCUGCCCAAAUUCUGUCACCAAAAUGGGGGAGUUGUCAUGCGGAUUCGGCAUUGCGGAAGCUUCUCGAAACCUGUGAUGCUAGAGCUUCCAUGCCAGACUUUCUGUGUCAUGCAAAAACAGCAUGACUCUUCCACACCCAGACACUUUUGCAUUUGAUACGGGACUGCGUCGACCAAAUCGGGGAACAAGUGGCUGUCUGCUUUGGAGAACAAGCAGAGUAGGCCGCGGUGUCCGGUCUUUGUGCUGGCCUACCGCGAGCGGUCCGACGCGGACCGGGAAUACCUGGAGAAGAAGAUUCUGCCGCGGUUCCGCCGAAGAGCAGUAUCAAAUGCAAAAAUGUCUGGGUCUGGAAACUUGUGAUGCAAGAAAGGGAGUAGUGAACUCACUCUAAUGCGCUGCCACACAUGACAAGUUUUUUCCAUGGUUCUGAGUUGCGUACUUCGCAUGAGAAACUGCGUUUUUGCAUGACUCGGAGGAGGAGCUCUGCGCGGCCAUGCAACACAGAGUUCAGAGUCAUGCCAGACAAGCAUGACAAAUCUCGCAAUCUCCCAGACCCAGACAUUUUUCCAUUUGAUAAGCAGGGUUCAAAUACAAAAUCCAGAAGGAGGACGGGUACCGGCCAAAAAUGGAGCUGCUGUUCAACGAGAAAAGUUCAACUCCAAGUGGUUUUACAGCUGCAGAGGAAGAAACGACGCAACUACAACGAGGACCACUACCCCCUUCGUCCGCCGACCAACAGAACUACGAUCUGCAACAGCUGAGGGCAUCGGUCGACAAGCUGAUCGACGCACUAGUUACGGACACCACGACCACUACGGGCGGUGGGACUGGGACAACAGAGCCAAAUUCAAGUCUACCUGCAAAUAACGGGAACAAAAACAAUUAUACAGCAGGAGCACCAACUUCAUCUUCCAUCGAGCUUUCCCCCGAAGACAUCUUGAUUCAGGAGGCCGCAGAGGAGCACGACCGCGAGAUGGGGCGCACGGUCGGCGAGUGCGAAAUCUACCUGCUGGCCGACUUUCAGAAGCUGUAG